UGUGUUGUUAUCUAUAAAACGCGCGCCCAUUCUUGUUAUUUCUUAGCAAAAGCUAUAUUUCCUAUUAAAAACUUUUCAUUUCCGAUACCUACAUGCUCUCAAAAUGCCUAAGGCAAUGCGUGAAAUUUUUCAAAAUGGGAAUUCUUACGACGAAACGGACCGAAUGCCAGAUAACAUAACAAUAACCAACCUCGAUAUUAUUAUGUACGUUGUGGCGAUUGUUGGGCACUUUGUGGACUUGGGAGUGGAUAUUAAUGUAGCUGUACAGUAUUCCUUGGCCGGCCAUAUGAUGGAAUUUGGUUGGACGCUGGCUUUCAUACUUUUACCAGCGUUCGUAAAUACUGCAGUAUCAAUACGCAUGUAUGCUCAAGACAAGCAGCAAGACUCCAUCAGCAACGAGGUGACAAAGCGUCACUGGCUCCGUAUCUUCAUUCUGGUGCUACAGAUGGCGCCCAUACUCAGAUUCAUUGAUGCUUUAGUCUACGCCAUAAAGUCUCGCAAAGCCGAGAGGAAACGCGACCACGCCUCUCAGCGUCACUACUACAAGCUGAUGUUGAAAGAGGACGCCGAUGCGGCCCUACUGAGGAUCUUCGAGUGCUUCCUGGAAGCCGCGCCGCAGCAGGUGCUCCAGACGAGUCUACUGUUCGCUAUGGCCAACCAGUUCAGAGUGCACCAAAUCCUGUCCAUCUGCUCAUCCAUCAUCGGCAUGGGCUGGUGCCUGGCCGCGUACCAGCGCGCCGUGCGCUUCGCCCAACAAGACAAGGACAACAUGAGCUGGACCGGCUCCAUACUACAGACACUCUGGCAUUUCCUGGUCACACUGAGCAGAGUCAUGUCCAUAUCAAUGAUCGCAUACCUCUUUCCCUAUUGGACAAUCCUCGCCUGCGUCAUCCACAUAAUAAUCAUGACCACGUGGCUCCAACUCUUCGACCGGUCGCCAUUUUGUGCGCACAACAAAAUGGCGGAACUGUCAUUCUCGCUCGCUUUAGCCGCUGUGUAUCUUUUCACUUACAUUUUACCGAUCGAAGGUAAGACUAGAUAUAGAUACGCUAUUUAUUAUGCUAUAUGUUUUGUACAGAAUGUUAUUUGUGGUAUACUUUGGUAUUUAUACACGACUGAUGCUAUGAGAGAUUCGGUAAUGUAUUUACCGGCGUUAAUUCUUACCGUAGUGCCAUACGUAGUAGGUUUAAUUUUAAUGGUGGUGUAUUAUUCUUUCUUCCAUCCUAAAUUAAGACGGGAGAGUAAAGAUAUUAAUGUGACUUUUAAAGUUAAUGAAGAGUUGUCUGAAAUUAGUUAGCAUUUGUGAGACUUUUUUUUGCAUAAUGAAUUAAUGACUUCUAAUAUUUUAAAGUAAUAAUACUAAUUAAUUCAGUACAAAUGUUACCAAACCAUUUUUAAAUGAAAUAGUUUAUAAAGGUGACUACCAGAACUCACUGGGGUGACAGCUAGUUAUUGGCCACUCCUAACAAUUCAGAGAGAAGCAAGCCAAUUGAAGCCUUAUUGUUAAAGUGGCCGAUUACUAUGUAGUGGCCAAUAACACAGCAGUCACCCUAUUACAAUUAAAAAAAAAAAUAACCUUAUUUUGGUAUUAGCGCGGUUCACUAUUUCUCUUAAUUUGUGAUAAUAAUUAGCGAGUUUUGGUUUUCACCUGGCUAAAUGUGGCUUUCCAUAGAAUAGGGUCCUUAUGCUUCAUAUGCAAUAAGGACCUUUUUAUCGGAAUUUCUGUUGGAAUUUCAGAUAAAAAGGACCUUAUUGCAUUGCACUUGAAGCAUAGGGACCGUUCUCUAUGGAAAACCCCACAUACACAAUGGUAUUGUUUAGCUUAUAAUUAUUAGUUGAUUAACUGUAGUUGGAGCAUUCCAUUAAAUUGUCUACCGUUUGUCCCGUACAAACGCGAAUUUUCUGAAGAUUUGCAGGUAUAAGAGUUUCCUUUUCUAUGAAAAAUGGUCAAAAAUAUACAGAAAAAUAAUCGCCUGCUUUAAAUGUCGAAAAAAAGUCACAACACAGGAAAUAAAAUGCGUUUGUACGGGACAGCACGUGGAAUACUCCAGUUAUUCUCUUCUCAGUGUAUUAGGUUGACUAGUUUUUUCCUUCUCAUAUUUAUGUGCUCGAUAGAAAGAGACGAAUGCCUUAGGG